AGCCUGAGCGGCAGAGACCCGGAGCUGCGUCGGGCCGAGUGCAGAGCUGAAGGGCGGCGGGCAUCCUGGCGGCACCGCCCGGGCAGGGGGCCCGGCUCCGGGAGCCCCGGCCCCGGGGGGGAGGGGCUCAGAGCCGGCCCCGCCCCCGGCCCCCCGGGGAAGGAAGCAGAAAAAGGGGAAGCGGCCCCAUCCUCUCGCACUAUACUAGCGUCUCUGGACUGAAAGUCGCUGGCCCGGGAGGACCACCCAGAGGGGCAGCUUUGGGCCGCAGCCUAGUAACUCUGAGGCUUCCAGGUGGACACCAGAGGCUCAGAGCCUCGGACCAGCAAGAAUCGAAGACACCCUUCAGUCACUUCCACCCAACCAGGGUCUGCCAGUGGCCGCCAUGGGGUCUGUGAGCUCCCGAAGUCACAAGGCAGAAGCCCAGGUGGUGAUGAUGGGCCUGGACUCGGCCGGCAAGACCACGCUCCUGUACAAACUGAAGGGCCACCAGCUGGUGGAGACCCUGCCCACCGUGGGUUUCAACGUGGAGCCUCUCGAGGCCCCGGGGCAGGUGCGCCUCACCCUCUGGGAUGUCGGGGGGCAGAGCCCGCUCAGGGCCAGCUGGAAGGACUACCUGGAGGGCACGGCCGUCCUCGUGUUCGUGCUGGACAGCACAGACGAGGCCCGCUUGCCCGAGGCAGUGGCUGAGCUCACGGAGGUCCUGGAGGACCCCCACCUGGAUGGCGUCCCCCUCCUGGUGCUGGCUAACAAGCAGGACGCACCCCACACCCUGCCGCUGCCCAAGAUCCGAGACAGGCUGGGCCUGCGGAGGUUUCCGGGGCUCUGCUGGGAGCUGCGGGCCUGCAGUGCCCUCACCGGCGAGGGGCUGCCUGAGGCCCUGGGGACCCUGAGGCGUCUCCUGAGCUACCGCAGCCCCCCGAGUCUCCAGACCCUCGGACACCUGGGACCCCCUGGAGGUAUCUGCUGGUUUCUGUUCAUGGAAGCUCAUCUCCGCACGUGAUUUGUCCUGUUUUUAUUGUGAGCUCAUCUUCAGCAGGGUGUGCUUUUCCUGUGUGACUGCCUUGUGCUCUGGGUUGUGACAGGGUUUCUACACAGAGGGGUUUCCCAU